GUCGGUCGAGUGGCGGGGGACUCUCCCACAUCGGUCGUUCUCGGACAGACAUCGGAUACACUGCCCUCACCACCAGCAUUCGUGAAGGAUCCGCCCACAGGUCUUUUCUUUCUUUCGAACUUCUGCCCGCUGCCGCGUCCAGUCGCCAUGGGGAACUGUUUGACCGUGGGUCCCAACGAGGCUCUGGUGGUCUCCGGUGCUUGUUGCGGCUCUGACGAUAAGACCUACAUUGUGGGAGGCUGGGCCUGGGCUUGGUGGCUCAUCACAGACACUAAAAGGAUAACCCUGGAGAUCAUGACUCUGCAGCCCCGGUGUGAGGACGUGGAGACAGCGGAGGGAGUAGCCAUCACGGUCACAGGGGUGGCUCAGGUGAAGGUCAUGACGGAGCACGACUUGCUGGCUGUUGCGUGUGAGCAGUUUCUGGGCAAGUCAGUGGUAGAAAUCAAAGCUGUGGUUAUUCAGACUCUGGAGGGACACCUGCGCUCCAUUCUCGGUACCUUGACUGUGGAGCAGAUCUAUCAGGACAGGGACCAGUUUGCUAAACUGGUGAGGGAGGUGGCAGCUCCCGACGUGGGCAGGAUGGGCAUCGAGAUCCUCAGCUUUACCAUUAAGGACGUGUAUGAUAAACUGGAUUACCUGAGCUCCCUCGGGAAGACGCAGACCGCAGCCGUCCAAAGGGAUGCAGACAUCGGCGUGGCUGAGGCAGAGAGGGAUGCUGGGAUACGGGAAGCAGAAUGUAAGAGGGAGAUGAUGGACGUCAAAUUCCAGGCCGACACCAAGAUGGCCGACUCCAAACGAGAACUUGAGCUGCAGAAGGCUUCCUUCAACCAGGAGGUCAACACCAAGAAAGCCGAGGCCCAGCUGGCGUACGAGCUGCAGGCGGCCAAGGAGCAGCAAAAGAUCCGCCUGGAGGAGAUCGAGAUCCAAGUGGUGCAGAGGAAGAAAGAGAUCACCAUCGAGGAGAAGGAGAUUAGUCGGACAGACAAGGAGCUCAUAGCCACCGUGAAGAGGCCGGCAGAGGCCGAAGCCUACAAAAUGCAGCAGCUGGCGGAGGGGCACAAGAUAAAAAAAGUGCUGAUCGCUCAGGCGGAGGCGGAGAAGAUCAGGAAGAUCGGCGAGGCGGAGGCUUCCUCGAUCGAAGCGGUUGGCAAAGCGGAGGCUGAGAAGAUGAAACUGAAGGCGGAGGCCUACCUGCAGUACGGAGAGGCAGCCAAGACUGCCCUGGUCCUGGAGGCCCUGCCCAAGAUUGCGGCCAAGGUGGCGGCGCCGUUAUCCAAGACCAACGAGAUUGUCAUCCUGAGCGGGGAGGGCAACCGCGUGACGGGCGAGGUGAACCGCCUCCUGGCUGAGCUUCCUGUGUCUGUCAACGCACUCACUGGAGUGGAUUUAUCUAAGAUCCCACUGCUGCAGAAGAUGACGGGCGCUAGAGCCUAAGAGCCGACGACUCCACACGACCCCAGUCUCUGUUGUAUGCACUCUCAUGGACUGCCUUUAAUACACUUGAAACUUUUUUGUUGUUGUUUUAUAUGUAUAUACUGUAUACCAAGUGAAUUUUUGGAGACCUCUGGUGCCUUACUUUAUACAGGACCAGAAAAAUCUGCAUGCACUGCUGCUCAUUUAAAGAAUUUUUAUUUAAUUUUAACACUGGAACAUUUUGUGUUGUUGCUUCUUUGCGUGUUUUUUAAUUUAAAUCUCUCUCUAUAUUUAUGUAUCGGCCCAUCGUAACGUAUAGAGCUGAUAGUAGACGGAAGUGACGGUUGACUACCUGCAGACCUCACCUAGGUUACAGUUAUUAUGCCAUGUGACCUGACAGCUGAUGUUAACACCUGUUCUUUAGUAUUUAUACUUCAGCCCUCAGACAAGAAGGCCUCUGCUCUCACUUUUUAACCUCCGUAUGUGGCAGGCCUUUGUGUUGAUUUACUGAUGCCCCUUUCUUUAGUGCAGACACAUCUGCAUUCCCUAGAUAAUCUGAAUCUCUUGUGUUGUCCAUGUUUGAAAUUCAAAUGUUAUUCAGGUUAUUUUAUGUCUCAGAGAUUGAAUUUUUACAAUGCGACAAAGGUGCUCACAAUCUAAGAAGAAGCCCCUUUCAUUGUGCAAAUCUCCAUUCAUGGUUUUACCAUCUGCAGGGUCUGUUUCUCUGCAAACGGCUGUCAUCAGACCUGGUACAUGAUGAUUUUUAUUUACAUACUGGCAAAAAAAACGGAAAGUAAAUUCUGAUCUUGUGCAGAUAUAGUAAGCUUAUAUUGUAGUCCUUUAUUAUUUAUUGUAGACUUUAAUGUAAAUGGUUCUGUUGUUGAUUAAGACUAAAAAUUCGUUGGUGUUUUGACAAAAAAAAGAAAGGGUAAAAAGGCUGGCUUGGAGAAAUGUUAAAUAUGUUUAUAUUGUGGGGAAACAAAGUUAAAUGUGAAUAAAUUCUGAAAGUGAAAGUCUGAACAGCAAUGCCAAAUAGAAUAGACAAUUUUAAUUGUAUCACAAGAAAAGGAUAUGGGACACUACGUAUUUUAUCUGACUUUGAUGUUUGAUUUCGUACCACAGAUAUGUUUAAAUGCUAAGCCAUGUUCGACGUUUAACGUCUCAGAGAAACACCUUCUAUGCUUUUAUUGUUUGUACAUGUCUGCAGUGACUUGACAGGAUCUGACGUCACCUGUGCAAGAUGCUAUUUUAUUGGUGAACUUUCACGAAACUGAAGUCAUCCUGGCGGUGAGAUUAAGUUUGAAACUCAUAUCUCAAGAAUAUAAAACAACAAGUAGAGUUGUAGAUUUGUUCAUGAGCAUAUGCCACAGAAUUAACAGAGGACUGUUAUUGGUUUCAUGACGUUUACUUUUUUUGAUUGAUCGCUCAAUCGCUCAUCCUCAGUUGAUAUGUUUGUAUCAUUUGUUGCUGAUUUAGUGACUUGACAAAUACUGUGACCAUUAUGAUUUGUUUUUGGCAGGCAACUAUGUUGAACUCAAGAUGUGUUCAGUUUAACUUUACUCUGUUUUUUUGUGAAACGAUUUGUCUUCUAUUUCUAAUGUUAUUUACCACAUGUACACUGUCUCAAAUGGCCAUGAGUUCCUGUAUGCUCUUGCUGCAUGUCAUCCAUCUGUGCUCAGAAUAAUCAGUUCAUUCUAAUAAAUCAGAUUGCCAUAAUUUAUUCAA